AAACCAAAGGGGUAUAUUGAGUGAAAGCCAGGUGAAGCUGACUACCAACUAAUUUAAUUAAUUAAUUAAUUAAUUAAAGAUGGAAAGGCAGAGAGAGAGAGAAUGAUUGUAUGUGAAAGAGUAGAGAAGAGAAGACUACAGAAGAAAAAGAAGAAGAGAAGAGGUAGAGUAGUAGAAUAGUGGUACUAUAGCAGUAGAGUGGUUUUAGGUUUAUUAAUAAUAAUAAUAAUAAUAAUAAUAAUCCAUGGGUUCCUGUUAUUCCAAAUCUACUAAUAAUAAGAUCAAGAAGAAUAAGAAUAAGAAUGAGAUUGGGAUUGGGAUUGAGAUUGGGAUUGGGAUUGGGAUCCCUGGAAGGAUGUGCUUCAAUUCAGCCUCUAAACUCUCAUGCUUGCAUACCCAGCAAGGCAAGAAAGGAACCAAUCAAGACGCCAUGCUCUUUUGGGAGAAUUUCAGUGGGCGUAGUGAUACUGUAUUUUGUGGGGUAUUUGAUGGGCAUGGUCCUUACGGUCAUAUGGUAUCCAAGAAAAUCCGUGAUUCACUUCCUCUAAUACUCUCUACUCACUGGGAAGCUACCUUUGAUGAACAAGAACAAGAAGAAAAAGAAGAAGAGGAAGAGGAAGAAGAUUGCAAUGACAAUGAGCAUGAUCAUAACAAUAAUAACAAUGAUGAAUCACUCCCACUCAUGUAUCCACCUCUUAAAAAUGCUUUCUUGAAAGCUUUCAAGUUAAUGGAUAAGGAAUUGAAGCUCCAUCCUACUAUUGACUGCUUCUGCAGUGGCUCAACCGCUGUUACUUUAGUCAAACAGGGUGACCAUCUUGUGCUUGGAAAUGUUGGGGAUUCCAGAGCUGUAAUGGCAACAAGGGAUCAACACGACACUUUGAUUGCUGUACAGUUAACUGUGGACUUAAAGCCUGAUCUUCCUGGUGAAGCUGCUAGGAUCCAACAAUGCAAAGGAAGGGUAUUUGCAUUGCAGGAUGAGCCCGAGGUAGCGCGUGUCUGGCUGCCUAAUAAUGACUCACCUGGUUUGGCAAUGGCUAGAGCUUUCGGGGACUUCUGUCUCAAGGAUUUCGGUUUGAUAUCAGUCCCAGAUGUUUACUAUCACCAUCUUACGGAAAGAGAUGAGUUCAUUAUUCUUGCCACUGAUGGGGUUUGGGAUGUCCUAUCAAAUAAGGAAGCUGUAGAAAUUGUUGCUUCAGCUCCCAGUCGCGCAACAGCUGCAAGAGCUCUGGUGGACUGUGCUGUUCGAGCCUGGAAGCUUAAAUAUCCCACGUCGAAAAAUGAUGAUUGUGCUGUUGUUUGUCUAUUUCUAGACCAUAAGUCUCCAGUCAGUGCAGCUGUUAUUGAAAAUGAUAGGACAAAGAAUCAUGAAGGAGCAAUGGAAAUAGCUGAUGAAGGUUUAGAAGUUGAUUAUUCUCAUGGUAUUGUUAUCGAUCCUGAUCCCCAUUCGGGAAAUAUAGGAAGCUCUAGUGAGAUUGUACCUGUUAGAGAUGUGACGGAGGAAAAGUUUCCUGCAAAGAGUCAAUCUAGGAGAAGCCUAGCUGAGUUCAUUUCAAAUGCAGAUGACGAUGAGGAGUGGUCAGCUUUGGAAGGCGUUACUCGGGUUAACAGUCUGCUAAGCCUUCCACGAUUUUUGUCUGGUGAUAAAAGAGCAGCAGCAAACUGGAGAAAGUGGUUGUGACAUCUCACAAGAACAGAACAGGACUUGUUUUCAUUUUUGUUUCACUGAUCACGACCAUAUUUACUUUGUAGAAAGGAAUUAGUUUGUGCUAGCUCACUGGCUGUAAAAUAUAAGUUGUUGUUUUUCAUUUAUAGAAAUUCCAGGGCCAUUUUAUUAUAUUAGGGAGUUUUGAUCUCUGACUGUGUCAUUGAAUGUGCAAUAUUUGUGGGUCGUGAAUGUGAUAAGCAAAUAGUACACAUUCAAGUGACUUGUGAUUUUUUUCAGUUUUGAUUUCACUUCAAAUCAACAAUCAACAUUAUUCACCUUCACUAUUA